AUGACGCCAAUUCAGGUCCUGGUGGUGCUCUGGCUCAUGUACGAAGAAGGCGGUUACGUCUGCGUUUUUGGAAUCCUCGCCUUGUUCCUGUUCAUCCCCAUACAGGUGUCCUGUGGAAAACUCGCGGCCAGGAUCAAGGAGAAGCUCGCCCGUCUGACAGACGAACGCGUCAGAUUGUUUAAUGAGCUUAUCAGCGGAAUCAAUAUUCUCAAGUUGUUUAAUUGGGAGGACACCUUUAGCAAGUUUGUACAAAAUGCAAGACGUCGUGAGUGCAACUCCAUUCUACGCCUUCGGUUUGUGCAGGCAGUACAAUCUGCUCAGAUGAUGUUUCUCACAAAAUUGGCAAUGCUCUUUCUUCUCAUCGGUCUGAUCUUCAGCUAUCCCGAUGAUCCGAAACUAAUGAUUAGUGAACACAUCAUCACGCUCUACAAGUUUCUCAUGCCACUGCAGUACUCGCUGGCAUUCAAUAUGCCACUCGGUGUACAGAUAAUGUUCGAAAACGUGGUUAGCUUUAAGCGCAUACAGAGUUUCCUAUCCACACCUCUUCUUGAGGGAGAGACUUUGCCCGAGGUGGUGGACUCGAAAAAACCGAACAUUUGUCUAAACGACGUUAAUGCCAACUGGAACGAGGAUACGUCAGAAUCACCCACCCUCGACUAUGUCUCCCUGUCUAUCGAAGGUCCGAAGUUAGUGGCCAUAGUGGGACCAGUCGGUUCGGAAAAGUCCUCACUACUGCAAGCGAUACUUGCUGAGUUGCCGCUAUCCAGCGGUUCUGCCAGCCGUUCGGCGAACGUCGCCUACAUGCCGCAGACUGCAUGGAUCUUUGCUGGAACCGUGCGUGAGAAAAUUCUCUGUGGUCAACACUUUGAUCCUGUCCGCUAUGAGAAAGUGCUGCGUAUUUCAACCUUAGAUGUCGAUCUGCGGAGUUUUCCCGAAGGUGACGCCAUCGAAGUGGGCGAAAAGGGUGUUGCACUGAGCGGUGGACAGAAAUUGCGCAUUUCUCUCGCUCGCCUCGCCUACACAAGUGCCAUCUUGGUGUUUUUGGAUGACCGGUUGGCCAUAGUUGACCCUAGAGUUGCUGACGAAAUUUUCAACAAUUGUAUUUGUGGCUACAUGUAUAACAGGCUUCGCAUUAUGGUGACCAAUCAGCACCACUUACUGCCCAAAAUGGACCUCCUUGUGGUUAUGCAGGAGGUAAGCUGGCCCUUUAUCUUUUUUGGAAUUAAUUUCUCCGAAUUGACGAAACGCCCAGAGGAGCAUGAUCAGAAGGCCUCUGAAAUCGCUCAAUUUAAGGCAGUUGAGGCUGGGACCAGUACGAUCGUAAUUGAAUCUACCUACGACGAAGUCAGUGCUGUGGCGGCCACUGAAGAACAGGAGACUUCUGACAUAGGGCCAGAUCUUGUUCUCAAUGACGCAGAGCUGGAUGUCCGUUCCGAGGCUGUUCGUACGCAGGUCACGCAGCGACAAGAACGAAACUCUUCCGCACAGAACCCUGAUUCAGCCGACGAUGCCGUUACAACCAAGGUAUUUUUUAUUUUCUUGUAA